CAAGAUUAGUCGUGCUUUAUACAACAUGAAUUAUCUAGAAUUAUAUAUCUUGGCUGCCUUUUUUGUCACCACUUAUGGCAACUUUUUGGACGUUUCUGUUUGGGAAGAUAAUCCGGAAGAAUGCGGUCGGACGAGGUUCGAGAACACCACCUUGGAUGUUGCCGAUUACAGCAAAGCCCGAGUUGGUCAGUUUCCCUGGGUGGCUAUGAUAGGAUCUAUCCAUCCUGAUAACCAAAUAUUGUUCUUCUGCGGAGGAUCUCUUAUCAGCAAAAGUUACGUGAUCUCUGAGGCGCAAUGCGGAAGAUUGGGCCAGCUAGUGAGGUUAGGGUCGAUCAAAGCAGAAGACACGGAAGAGGAGAAAGAUUGCGACGAGUGCGGCGAGUGCGCUUUGCCCCCUCAAGACAUUAAAGUCAGGAAGCAGAUAUUCGGAAACGACUGUUCCUUGAAUAGUGUUCAGAGAAUCAUAAUUCUGGAGUUGGAGAAACCAGCAGAAUACAACGACUUUGUACGACCGAUCUGUAUUCCGACGGACGCGUUUUGCCACACCUCGAGAAUAAGGCAGCGUGCAUUGACGCCAGGAUUCGGGCAUAUAUUUUCAACUUUAGUAGGAGUAACCGAAAGGAAAGAAAAAUUUGACGACAUGAGGUACGUCAAUUCCGCCAUAGUCACCCAGGAAGAGUGUAAUGCAAUAUAUCCGGACCUCCUGAAGGAUGGCGAGUUCUGCGUGGACUAUCCGAAAGGAGUUAACCAUAGUUGCGUGGGAGACACCGGAGGACCAUUGGUGGAAUACCUAAAAGUGAAGGGGGUGGCACGGGCAUUUUUGAUAGGCGUUGCGAAAAUAAAUCCCUUGAUCUGUGAGGCCGAAGAUACGGCUCCUAUUGUGUACUCUUCCGUUUGUAACUACUCGGAGUGGAUUUCAAACCAAAUUGUAUCUUCGAUAGAAGCAGAGCGGAAGCAGGGAAGACGCUUAUUCGCUGUCUGACGUGUUUUUUUUUUUU